GAUGUAUCUAUAACUAAAAUAAGUCUAGAUUCAUCUAUUUCUAGGACAAGUAUUUCCGGACGGAGGGAGUACUAGUUUUUAUAAGCAAAUUUCCAUCCACUCCAACCUCGUCUAAAGAAUCCUAUGUUUUUCCCGUGUGAAUCAAACGUCCAUACUGAUCCUAUAGCGUUGAAGAUGACAUGCCAUUCCAUUCUUUGUCGAAGGGUCUUUUGUGAACCAUAAGAUGCAGUUGGUUGCAGUGGAAACUACAUUGCAAUGCGUGUAACUGGACAAUUCGAGAAAUAGCGUUCUUAUGGACAGUUAAGUGUAAAAAAAAAAGAGUUUGAGUUUCUCAUGAAUUGGACAAUUACUUUUAUUUUUGAUAUUUCUGUGCAUACCAUUUUAGAGUCAAAGGAACAGGUUGUGUGACCUAAUAUAGUUAACUCGGUUCAAAGAUCUGUAGUCCAGUGGUUCGCUUGACUGGGAACCUGUUGAGCAUCCCAUGUUUGGUGGAGCUGUCAUAAUGUUUUUCUUUAGUUUUGGCUUGAUUUGUGGAGCACAAUCAGUGAGGAUGUCUGUGCAGUGUCGUACUUUAUUAUAAGUUCUCGACAUAUCCAUUGAAGACCUGCAAUAUGACUUUGAUAUGCAAGCAUCUGACUCUAUAAAGCACCCAAGAAACUAUGCGAGAAACUUUUUGGAAUAUUGCUGCUUUAGGGCACUUGCACAGGUCUCACCAGUUGCGGGAUAUCUUGCUGAUAAAAGCCUUCGUCGCCUGACAUUUGAUAUGAUGUUAGCUUGGGAAGUUUCCUCUUCUUCAAGCCAGCUCACUGUUAAGGUCGAGGUUGAUACCACAGUUAGUUUGGAGGCUUUCUCAAGAAUAGCACCUGCCAUUCCAACAAUCGCUGAUGUAGUAACUUCUUCAAAUCUCUUUGAUGUGCUUUCAUCAACAAGUGGAGGCCGUCUUCCAUUUCCUGUAUACGAUAAGUAUCUUGCAGGAUUGGACAGGAACUGCAUGAAGCAACUCUAUUGCCGCGUCAACAUAGUCCUUGUCGAUUGUCAAAUGGACUGGCAAUUUUCCUUGUCUCUCAAGAGAUUUUUUCUUCAUGUGAGAGCAUUUAAGAAAAUGAAGACACAGUCUGAGUCAUCGCUUCUAUCGGGCUUCCGAUCACAGAGAGGAGAAAGGGUUCUAGAAGUCGAUGGAACAUUGACAACUCAACCAGUACUUGAGCAUGUUGGGAUUUCAACAUGGCCAGGAAGAUUGACACUUACGGAUCAUGCCCUUUACUUUGAAGCUGUAAAGGUUGUGACAUUUGAUAAGCCCAAAUCUUAUGAACUUGCAGAAGAUGCAAAGCAGAUUGUUAAACCUGAGCUGACUGGCCCAUGGGGUUCACGGCUGUUUGACAAAGCCGUCAUGUAUAAAUCAACAACCUUAACAGAACCAGUGAUCAUAGAAUUUCCAGAGCUGGCCGGGCACUCUCGCCGUGAUUACUGGUUGGCAAUUAUAUCUGAAGUUCUUUAUGUUCACAGGUUUGUUAGAAAGUUCGACAUAAGUGGAGUUGAUAAAGAGGAAAUAAUUCUGAAGGCUUCGCUUGGUAUCUUGCGGUUGCAAGCCAUUGAAGAAUUAGCCUUUCCAGCUUCCAAUCGAUACGAAUCUCUUUUGUUGUUCAAUCUUUGUGACAAACUUCCUGGAGGAGAUGUAAUACUUGAAACACUAGCCAGUACUAUAUCAUCAAGAAGUUCAGCUCAAGCCAACCAACCAGGCACGAGCAUUGGAAUGCGUUCCAUGUCUGCCUUCGCUGUCCUGUCAAACCUGGGCAUGGUAUCACCAGGUAAUAAUAGUGAGAGACUCUUUGUUGGUGAGAUAGUUGUUGGGGAAAUGAGUUCCUUGCAGAAGGCAGUUACUGAGUCAAUGAACAACUACAAGAAGGUUGAACUGGCCCAAGCCACAGUUGAUGGAGUCAAAGUUGAUGGGCUUGAUACAAACCUGGUAGUGAUGAAGGAAUUGUUAUCACCGGUUAGUGAGCUUUGGAGGCUUUUGGUAUCGUUGGCAUUGUGGGAUGAGCCUUUGAAGUCAUUCGUCUUUUGCUUGGUAUCUUCUUCUAUUAUCAUAAGUGAUGUCCCUAUGCUUCUAUGCCGAGACAGGGGAUGGGUAGUCUAUUUUCUUGUUAUGGUCAUACUGUUAUCAGCAAUGGUCAUGCUGCUGACAAGACUAACUAGUCAAGGAAAGCCAAUGACUGAGGUCAAGGUGACGUCUCCACCUUCAAUGAACACUAUGGAGCAGCUCUUAGCUGUUCAAAAUGCCAUUUCCAAAGUUGAAGAGCUUGUCCAGGAUGCAAAUAUUGUUCUUCUGAAGAUAAGAGCUCUACUGCUGGCUUUUCCAUCUCAGGCCACAGACAAAGCUAUCCUUGCGCUGUUAUUGAUGGCUCUUGUCCUUGCCUUGCUGCCCACAAGAUUGCUUAUCCUGGCGAUGUUUCUGGAGGUGUUCACGAACCACUCUCCGAUAAGGAGAGCAAGCACAGAGAGAUGCACCAGAAGGUUGAGAGAGUGGUGGUUCAGCAUACCUGCAGCGCCAGUAGUGGUGGAGAAGGAUAACAAAGAAGAUAAGAAGACAAAAUGAAUUUGUGUGUACAAACUGUGAUUCUGUGUCUAGUUUGGCCGAUGUCGAGAUGGAUCACCAGCGCACCGCUGUGUACAUUGUCUGAGGAUAUGAUAAAUGAACUGCAGUUAGUAUUUCAAUAAGAAUGGUAGCUCCUUUUCUUGUUCUUGAAAAAAAGAAGAAGAGUGGUAGUUCCUUUCUGUCCUCUCUGUGCUCUGCCCUGAUAUCACAAAACUAGUCUAUUCUCAAAAGUAGUGGUUUCGUAUGUAGUCCGUAGUGAAACCUCUAAAAAAAACCUUAUAUUUAAAAACGGAAGGAGUAUUAUGCAUGUGUUUGAGUCUUAAUGUAUAUUUAUCUUGUUAGAGCAUAUAUAAUAUAGCCAUGUACCUCUUCGUAUUUA